CGCGUCGCAAAUCGCGCUGGCUGCGAGAGCCAUUACUUCAUGGUCUUAACCUAUCUUCAAUUUCGCCGGGAAAAUUACAGGUGUUCGUCAAAUGCUUUCAAUUUUUAAUACUUGAAUAACAACAAUAAAUAUUAUACGGGAUUAUAAUCAUCCUUACAAUGAUAUCCUUAUAAUUAUAAGGAACAUAAAUUUAUACAAUGGAUGACACAAAUACGAAAGCUACGGGAACGUUAGCAGCAAAUGCUGUGGAGAACGAGAAGAAUCCAUACGCAUAUCUCGAGAGGGACGAUUUCACGUCUGAGAAAUACAAGAUAGAAAUCCGCGGUUUACCUAAAUAUUAUGGAAUCGGCGAAUUCAAGAAACUCCUAAAUGAAAAGCUCGACUUACAAUCAUGCAAGGUGAAGCCACCACGGAAAGGUAGUGGUUGGUUGUAUGUGUGCUUCAGAAGUGAAGAGUGUCGGCAACGAGCAAUAAAUACUAUAAAUGGGAUUAUUUGGAAAAAUAGUAUGCUUGUUGCACAGAUUGCAAAACCAGCACCAGAUCCCUUUGUUAAAAGAAAACUAGAAGAAGAGACAGCUGACAAACGUUUGAAAAAUGAUGAAGAGGAUAAAAAUUGCUCUCCUAUGGAGCGAAUAAAAUUUUCUACAACUCCUUUGUGGAACAUACCAUAUAUGAAUCAACUAAAACUUAAGCAGAAUGAAAUGACAUCUAUUUUAAUGAAAAUAAGCCACCAAAUGCUCAAAGAAUGCAAAGGACUGACUGAUUGGGUGAAUUCACAAAGAAAAUUGUACAAUGGUUUGCCUUGUGAACUCCAGAAUAUCCUCUCAGCUGAUGUCACUGAAGCAUAUAGGAAUAAGUGCGAAUUUACAAUUGGCAAAGACAGUGAGCAACAUAAAAUCAUGAUAGGGUUCAGAUUGUCAAGUUAUGCUUCUGGUUCUACUGCAGUUGGACCUAUUGAUGACUUAUGUCACAUUCCUCAAAAUAUGAAGACAGCUGUAAAGAUACUAGAAACAUUCAUAUGUGAAUCCGACUUAGAGCCUUUCAAUCCAGUGGAUCACAGCGGAUACUGGAGGCAAGUUACCGCUCGCACCACUCGCGCCGAUCAUUUGAUGUUGAUAGUGGCAAUACAUCCUCAGGAUCUGAGUGGUGAUGAGUUGGAGAAGUUGAAGUCACAGCUACGAGCGUUCUUCGAGGUGGGAAAGGGCAAGGACGCGCAUGUCACUUCGUUGUAUUUCCAAACAGUAGAUAAGAAAGGUCUAGGCGGCGAAAGUAGCGACACGCUGUAUCACGUAAGCGGCACAGAGUACAUCGAGGAGACGUUGCUCGGAAUGAAAUUUCGAGUCUCGCCCCAGGCGUUUUUCCAGGUGAACACGUUAGGGGCGGAAGUGUUGUACAAAGCGGCAAUCGAUCUCGCCGAACCCACAAUGGACACGACAGUGCUCGACGUAUGUUGCGGCACAGGGACCAUAGGACUCUGCUUCUCAAAGUAUUGCGGUGAGGUGAUGGGAAUAGAAAUGAUCCCCGACGCUGUCAAGGACGCAAAGGCGAACGCGAUUAAGAACCACGUGAAAAAUUGCGAAUUUUUCACCGGGAAAGCGGAAAACAUUUUAUUGGCUAUGAUUCAAAGGGCGAUGAAGUCCAAUAUCAUCGCUAUCGUGGACCCGCCACGAGCCGGCUUACAUCAAAAGGCAUUAUUGACGCUACGCAAGGCGAAAAAAUUGAGUAGAUUGGUGUACAUAUCAUGCGACCCACGCGCCGCUAUGAAAAAUUUAGUUGACUUAGCGCGACCUACUUCGCGGCAAUAUCUCGGUGAACCCCUAGUGCCGGUAAAGGCCAUCGCGGUGGACAUGUUCCCUCAUACUAAACACUGUGAAUUGAUAUUGUGCCUUGAGAGGCUGUCACAGGCGAUGAAAUCAAAAGAAGACACAUCCUAAGGAGACCCAGCGGAGUAAGAGAGAGAACAUUUUUCAUCGACUCGUUCUCGUUCCCCAUGGUUUUUUGAUUGUAUGCGAUCGCAGUUUAGUACGCAGUGUUCAAGUCUGUGGAUAUAAUUGCCGAUAUAUCUCGCCGGUAUUAUACGUGUAACAAAAAUGACCUCACGUGCUUCUCUUCUUGAAAAAGAGAGAAGAUGACCGAUGAAGUGGUUGCGAACUCUUGCGUGAGCAAAUUGUGGUCUCUGUGUUUGAAUAAUUCUUUAUAUUUCAUUUAAUAUAAUAAAAAUAAUAUAGAUAUAUAUUUCGAUAACAUCGAUAUAUCUCACACGAACGUAGUCCAAACAAACUUUUACAUAUUUCCAGACUUUACCAAUCAAAGAACGGAUGAAUGUAACAUUCAAAUAGAAAGAUCGCAAAAGUCAA